UGGAAUGGGUAAAUUCUUUAUAGUGUCUGAGUAGCGAGAGACGGUUUUCUUUCUUUAUUUUUGCUUUUGCAUAUUAAAAACCUAUUUUUCAGUGGUCAAAACAUUUAUUAUCAUAGUAUCAAGUUCCCUGACAAAAAUAAAUGAACUAAUAGCGUAUUUCGCGUAAGCGGACAUAUUUCAGUAAAUUGGUCAAAUGAAUGUAAAUAAUAAAACAAUAAGAGACGAUUGUUAAGUGAUUUUUCCGCCCACUAGAUAUUCGGGAAGCAUUAUGCAUGUAGUGAGACGCGGCGGGUGAUAGAAGAGACUAUCGUGAAAUGUCGGGUGAUGGAGAUCGUGCAGUGCGGCCCAACUCUCUGCUGCUGGAGACCCCGCCGCCAGAGCGGGAGCCACUACACUUCGAUGUGCAGCUCGUUGGCGCGCCGCCGGAAGUGGAACAAUUGGUAAACAACAUCAAGCAGGUGGCUGAAGACUUUUUGUACCACUGGAAGACUUUCCCUAUUGUACUACCACCAUCUCGUUUUACUGGCGCCGGUAACCGUCCCUCAGAUAUUAUCGUAGCCCCGCCGUGUGAUGAGAUAGAUGCGGCUGCGCUAGACGCGGGCGUCGAGCCUCAGCCUCUUUCCCCAAAGCAACUGCACUCCAUAAGAGAGAAAGGUGAGUUCGAGGUGCCGUCGCGGCAUUUUCCGGGCCAGACGCACGUAUGGCGCGUGAGCGGGUGGCUGCAGCGCGGGCGUGCGCGUGCGCGUGAGGAGCUCUACCGGCACGUGGCGCGGGCCGUCGCGUUACUUGUUGUGGUGGCCCGCGACCGACUGCUCAGAGAUCAGCCGCUAUCGGUUCGGGCAGGGAUUAAUUCUCUCAUUUAUGGGUUGCACAGAUUACUAGACCUAAUAUUUGGUAUGCCGUCGAUGGUGGCUCGAGAUCUAGAGAAGAAAAUACGAGAGGAGAGAUCACGAUAUUUAGUCGCUGAAUUGAUUUGUAAGGCGGAGCAGGCGGGGUGGGCGCGCGCGCUGGCGGCGUGGGUGAUGCGCAGCGUGCGGCGCCGGCCCGCCGACAAGCGCGACCAUCCGCCGCUGCCGUGUCUCUACACCACGCCGCAGGGCACGCAUGUGGAUUUACGCCUCUAUCGGCGAGAGUUGUUGCGUCGCGCUGCGCCAAUCCUUCAAACGUUACUGGAGCGGGAGUCGCGCGGGUGGUUCUUGCACUUUAGAGAACGACAAGCGGCCAACUUGGCUAAAGAGAAGAUGCCCGUUAAGGAUAUUGAAGAGGAGGUGCGCGAGGCGGCGAUGCGCGAGUACGUGUCGCGCGUGUGCAGCGCCGUGCAGGCCAGCGCGCAGCUGCAGGAGCUCGGCGCCGACGUGCCCGACCUGCUCGUCGCACAGCUGCGGGCCUUCGUCAUUGUUAACAGGGCUGAAGAAGGCGUUCGGCGUAAGUUAGAAGCAGGCUUGGCUACCGCCGAGGCUCGAAUACGCGCCUCCCACCCGAUUCUCUCGAGAGCGGAUGCGUGGCGUAAAGAAAAAUUAACAGCCGCGGCACACCGACUCAACAGCGAACUGCGAUGGACUGCUAUGGAGGAUGCCGCCGCCGCAAUGCAGGCGCACAAGCUGCACCAGCACAGAUACUUUCUUUUGCGGGAUUUGGCUUUUCUUAGGGACCGAGAACCACUGCUUACUAAGGAGUUGCGCGCGGCGAAAAGUCCAACGCGUGAGUUCGAAUGGGCGCGUCGCAUCUGGGUGCCGCGGCGCUGGGUGGUGCUGCGGCAGUGGCGCGGGCGCGCCGAGCGCGUGCCCACCGUGCUGGGCGCGGGCGCCGGCUGCGGCCCGCCCGCGCCCGCGCCCGGCACCAUCACGCCGCGCACCGACGCCGCGCAGCCCGUCUACCUCGUGCGCCGCCACGUCGUGCACGUCACCUCCACGCGCUGGCCCGCCUGGCGACUGCUCAACUUGGCGCACAGAAUUUGGUGUUGGAGUUGGAAUAUGAUGUUUGUGCUUGGAGUGUUGGUGCCGUGGUGCUCGCCGGUGUCGCUGCGAACUUUGCUUUGCGUCAAGCCCUUCAUUCCAGACUUAGAACUCUCGCAGGUCAACGGUGCACUUUAUCCAAAACGUAGUAAAGAAACGCAAACGAUGUGGUCGCGGUUGCUGGCGCUAUGGCGACAUGUAUCAAAGGAACGGACGCGUUUCGAGACCGAACCUGAUACCGGUCUACUAGGUAAAGGUUUAAGUCGUCAAGCAAACCGUAUAUGGAACUACGGCAUCGUCGGCGGGCUGGGGUCGGCGGCGCUGCUGCUGCUGUUCCCGCUGGUGAGCGGCGCCGUGAGCUGCGCGGCGCUGGCGGCCGCCGUCACCGUGCCGCUCUGGACGCCGCCGCUCGCGUUAGCGUUACACGCUGCCGCCGCUCUACUGUACGAUAUAGACUGUCCGGAUCCCGACGUGCAUAACAGAUGGUUUCCGCUGGUGGACGCAGUAGUAUGGCGCAUAGGAGUCUUGGGUGUUUUGCAAGUCGUAAUAGCGCUUCUAGUUGCGCUCGUGCUCUGUCCAAUAUUCUCCUUACUGUUGCUGGCAGGUGGCGCGGCGGCGUGGGCGGCGCGCGGCGCGUGGGAGGCGGCGGCGUGGCGCGCGCUCAUAGUGCGGGCGGCGCGCGUCCCGGCGCACGACUCUGCCUUCUGCCGGCGCGUGCGCGGGCCCGGCCUUCACGCGCCCACUUACUACCAGAUAUCGUGCGCGCAGGCAGUAGCAGCGGUGGUGGCUCGCGCUGAGCUAGAGGUUCUGUCUGCGUGGGCGGCCGACACUGAACGAGCCAUUGAGCGACCACUGCGCGACUACGAACACUUCGUGCAUGCUUGCUUCGGCCCUUUCUCCGUGCAGAUAGCAAAGACCGGUUCGUACAGGCAGGUGGAACGUGAGUGCACAGAGUUGGUGCAGUCAGUGCGAGAGAAGCUGCGCGCACGCCGGAGAGAGCUCUCACUGUCGCUGCCGGACACCGCGCGUGCACGCGUGCGCCUUGCAGCGCCAGACCUUACGCGUACGAUCGAGGCGGCGGCGGCGGAGUUGAGUGGCGUGUGGCGCCACGCGUCGCGUGCCGACGACUGGUGGACGCAGCGCGGCCUCGAGCGCGGACACUGGCGCGCGCUCGCCGCUAACACGCUCGUCGAGGUGUUCGACGCGGAGGUGGUGGUGCCCCUGCAGGACGGCGAGGCGCGGCUGGCACUGGAGGGCGGCGAGGCGGUGCGGUCGUGGGCCACGCGGUGCGGCGCCGCGCCCCCCGACGUGCUGCCCGCGCUCUGCGCCCCGCCGCCGCCUGACCACGACGACGCCGCGCGCUACCUGUGGUGCGAGUGGGGCAGCACGCCGGCGCUGCGCGUGGCGGCGCCCGCGCUGGACGCGGCGGCGUUCAGCCCGCGCGCGCCGCUGCACCCGCCCGUGCCGCACCCCGCCACCGUCGCGCUCGUCCUGCACAACCGGGACUCUGACAAUCCUGUGCCUUUAGAGUCUGAUCUGUACGCAGAAAUCUUGAAAAGCUUAGAAGACGCGCCUGACUGUACUGAACAACAAGAGGACGCAGAGCGGUAUCGCGGUGGGGGCGGCACCGAGGGCUCCAGCUCCGAUGGCAGUGUAGAGGAUGAAGAUGAUGCCAGGAGAGACCGAAGAGACUUCGAAGAGGAGGGUUUAUGCCGCGUGUCUCCGCGGCGGGAGCGCGCGGCGUGUCGCUGGACGCUGACGGGGCGCGGCGUGCGCCUGCGCGCAGACCUCGCCAGUCCCGAGGACGUCACCCUCGACGCAGACGGCGUGCACUCCGGCACCUCCGUCUGAAACACACAACGACACGAUGCUAUACUACGCUACUGCCUACCAUCCACGGGUGCCACCGACAGGUACCACACAUUUAUUGACGCAGUUAGCCACAUGAAAUGGCGAAACCAGGAUUCGGCAGUCAAAUCGAAAAUGUCGAUCUAAAAAUUAUGGGCAAUAUUGCUAUACCCCAUUAAUGAUGAGCCACCAAGAUGUAUCUGAAAGAAAAAGAAAUUUUAUCAAGUAACAUUGUUGCAGAAUGAAAUUGAACGAAUCUGAAUGCGCUUUUUGAAGAUAGUUAUUACUGAACCAACUGUCUUGGUCUAUGCUCAGGCUUUCAAUAUGCAGGAGGUAUGCUUUAACUCUUAUGCAGUACCUAUUCAACGUACGUUGUCUAUGCACAAUUCAUUAGAACUAAUAUUGACUUAGAAUAAUUUGUGUUUUGAGAUGCAAUGUGUGUCCAUGCAGGAGCUUGAAUAUAAAGCAAAAUGAUUCUAAAUUUCAUGUAUAGAAAUCGGCAUAGGUUACACUGUGAUAAUACUCCCUGCUUUGGUGACAUAUAUAGAUAUUCUUUUGUUAGUAUAAUUUACAAUAAUCUCUCACAAGUUUGGCUAAGCACAUACAAAUACGAUAGUCAACAUAACACUGCAUAAAGCUUUACAAAUUGUCAAAUUACAGAAUACGAAUAAGAUGAAUAAUUGAAAACAACUUUAACACCCUUUAUGAAGUCUAAUUAACACGUAUUUAAACAUUUCAGUUCCUUUAAUAACACAAUGUGUAAAAGGAACCGCAGAGGAAUCUCAAAGGGCGCGCGCGCUCUCGUUUGUGUUUGGGUGUGUGUGUGUGUGUGUUUAUGCGCACGUGUGCGCGUGUUUAUGUGUGUGUAUAAACUUGUCGUUAAAAUAACCUUACCUCGGUAUAAGUGCAAUUCAAUUGGAACAACGAUAACUGAAUUUAGUAUAGUGAAGGACUCUGCAUUAACAAGUAUAGAUUUUUUGUGUGCGUUUAUAUGUUUUGCGUUGUAUGAAUUGGAAAGUAGAUAAUUUAAGUAAAUAGCUUGCAUAAUAACCGUAUUGUCGCGUUUAUUAUAGUGAAAUAUGCGUAACAUGGUGAAACAGGAGAAUUAUUGUUCCGUUAGUCAAAAAUCCCAUUUAUGGACAAAACUUAAAAUUGAUGGCUGUCUUCUCAUUACCCUACAAUUUGAUUAUAAUGUGGGAGCAUUUAGAGUACAAAACAAAUAACUCUGCACGGGACUCGCGUUAAAUUAAUUUCAUAUAAUGUUUAAUGUUUUUAAGAAAGUGGGAAUAUGGCGAAAUUGGAUUGAACUGUAGUAAUGACUAAGGGGCACUGGAUAUUGCACUGUUGUCAAUGCUGUUAAUUGCAUUAUUGGGUUGUUGUCUUAUAAAAGAGUAUUUUUAUGUGGUGGUAUACAAUGUGUCUGACAACAAUACAAAUAUUUUAUGACUCAAAAUGUGGUAUGGAAUUUGCUUUAAAUAAAAAUCAAAUAUAAACCGUAUCAUGAUAUAUAUGUUGCGUAUUAGCUUAUAACCUAUAAUUCGGUAUACCGAAUUCGGUACCUAAUUAUACGUUAUUAUGUAUAGAUAGGAACAAGUACAUGAAUAAAGUAGCUUGCAAAAGCUAAUUGAAAAGUGUGAGUACGCACAUAAUAUUCACGGAAUGAAGCAUUUGCCAAUUUAACAUUAUAACCUUGAAUUUUACUUGUAGAAUUUUAACUUUUAUAGAGAUAGAUUGAAAUUAUUAGAAUAUUUUUUCAUAAUAUGUUGAUUGGUUUAUUGCUAUACCAACAUGUCGUGACUGUGGCAUUUAUUCGAGUUAUUUCUUAGAUAUCUUCAUGCUUUAUCAAAAUCAAUAAGUGACCCUCCACCAACAUUUUUUAUUAUGUGUUAUAUUAGACUAUAUUCUUAAAAGGCAACUAGUUACCUCUAGUCUGAGUUUACAAAUUUUUAUUUUAUAUUUCACUUUGAGUGAACUUUUGGAUUUUAACCUCUGAUUUGAAAUUAUUGGAAGCAAAAAAUCGUUGAGAUUAUAAAACUAUGAAUGAAAGAGCUGACUAAAGUGUUCGUGCCCAGUUGAAGCAAUCGGCACUACGCUGGAAAUAGGAAUGAUGUAUGUAUAUACGUAAUAUAUAUUUUUAAUAAAACAAUAUUUAGGGAUUUUCAUUUUGAAACGAUAAUAUAAAAAAGUUAUUCCAUCAUGACCUAAAAGUAUAAUAGCACUCGUCUAUAGACACCAAACUACCCCGUCAGAGAGUAGGGUAUAAAAAAUUGGUGAAUACAGGCAAAUUUGUAGUCACGGCCAGCGCGCGAAUAAUGUGGGUCAAUGUUCAGUACAGUAUCAGUAGAUUGAUGAAUACAAUUUACGAAACCCAACUAACAAAAGUAACACUUGCCAACGGACUCCAUAGUACCCGAAUGCUAUAGUGUUGACGCUUGUCAGUCACGAAAAAAUCAACAUACUCGCACUAUGAAACACAUUUAGAAAGUAAUAAUGCUAGACUUGUUAAAAAUGCUUACUCCAUAGUCCAUAGCAUAGAUGUCUAUUUAUCUACUGAAUUUUGAUGCGAAAUGGCGUUGCUCCGGUACUGCGUACGCGAAUAUACGGCGGACAUAAAGUACGGUUAUCGGUAUAAAAGAUGUUAUAAGUGCAGAGAUGGGAGUUAUAGAUUGUUUGUUGUAAUAAUAUUUUACCACGUGCGCAUAGCAUUGGCCAAUUUAUUAAAUAAGAUAAAAAGCUAAAAUAUACGCUUUAAGCGUCGGCACAAAAAAAUAUUUUGUCCGAAAUGUAUAACGCACUUGGUGAUAAGUCUAAUCUACAAAGGCCAAAGUCGCCCAAUCUACGUUUAAUUCAAAAAUGAGCGAGAAUUAUGUUUCUUGCAAGAAAUUUAUUUCCAAAAAUUACACUUCCUAUAAAAUAAAAUAUAUACAUGCAAAAUUAUACAUUACUAUUAAUACCAUGCUUAACUUUGCAUGUAUACUAAAUUUAUACAUGCAAAAUUAAUGCACAAGACUUAGGCCGUUCUUAUUCUUGUUUCAUUAUUAAUAUUUGGUUCAUCAUAAAUAAUAUUUGGUUAACUUACUUGUCAAAAAGUUUAGCUAAAAUAUCCAAUGUUAGGCCUAACUUUCAAAAAUCAAUUUAACUAUACACAACGAAUCUCAUUAAUUCUCGAUGCUUAAACCUUCGCUUAUUAACCGCACACAAGUUCCAAAGAAUACAACAGUCACUUAUUACAAAGAUAAUAUUAAAUACUCAUUUAUAUUAAGAGAUUAGAAAUAAAAAAUAUAUUUAUUGUAAAAUAAAACUAAUAGUGCCUAGAAUAGACGUUGUGGCGAGCUAUAGUAAUGUACAUAAUAUAUAGUAGCAUGGCCAGUCGCAGUAGAUUAAAUAUUAUAUUUAUGAAAUGUGUUAUAUUCAAAGGCAGAAAUGAACACUGAAGUAAAUUUAAAAAUAAGUACCAUAAAAAUACAUGCCAAAGUAAAACAACUGUCGAAUUUAGGUUCACAUCCAUAUCCUCAUUCUGUAGCUUUGUUGUCAAACCGAAAAUGAGUUUUGAUUUACCGCUUUCGAUCGAAUUAUUAUUUAACUUAAACGUUUUAGGUUACCGAUUGCGGAUCGACAUAUUUAAACCAUUUAUUUUUCUACACACACAUAAAUACAACAAAAAAAAAGUAUAAAAGAAUUGUAUGGUAUAGUAUUGACAAUACCAGGCACACAACUUAUUGCUUGCAUGAUGUGUGGUAGUAGGGAUACCAGCUCAGUAUACGCUGUAAAACAGCACUGAUUUUCAGCUGAACCCCACUAUUAAUAUAGCACAACAAAUCUUUUUGAGUGUACGGUCAGCUACAGCAUACAUGCAUGCAUGCAUAUGAGUAAAGAUCAUUAAUAUUUCUCCACCUGAAAUACUUUUGUGUAUUAGGUUUUCAGUAUUAUAACUCAAGCGUUGAAGAAAUGGUAUAUUCGAUAUUAAAUUAUAAUCUACGUCAGUGGCCAUUUCUGUUUUCGAGCCUAACAUAAAUAAACACCGUGCUUACAAAGUGAUGCAUCGCAAUUCGAAUAUUGUUAUGUAUGUUGUUUCUCAAGAGAAUAGCAACCGCAGAACAGGGUACCGUUUUCAUAACAUUGUAAUAUAGCCAGUGGAAUUACUAUCUGAUGUUGAGACAGUAUUACGAAGAUAGUGCAACACUACGCGGAGCUUUGUAAUUCAAAAUUUUGUAUGGUGUGUGUAGCUGUUGUUUACGGCCAGACAUGACCGUUUACCAUCGCGCAAGCGAAGUGCUUUUUAGUCAAACGCUGCCUGUCAACUGCAGACAGUCUGGCAUGAGAAUCUACACAGGUAUUAGGUACAUAGUAAUUGCUAUAAUAAUACAUCAUUUUGUACGCACGGAUCGGUUAUUGCUUGACAAAUUAAUGUUUGAUUAUUUGUAUUAUAUUUAUACCACCAAUUAAGAAUGUAAACCGUUGUACCUACAUGUAAGUCUACGUCCAUCGCGCCAAUUAAUUUUUAACCAAAUAUGUGUAUGAAAUUCAUAAUCUCAUGAGGCCAUGACGGUAAGAGCAACCAUUUUAGACGUUUCACCGUAUGCAAUUUUUAUGCAAACUAGGCCAAGCAACCAAAUAUCCAAUAAUAUUGUUUGUAAUAUUAAAAUGUUUAAUGUUUCGCUUAUCCUUUAUCUUUUGAUUUGUGAGGAAAUGUUACCCCCAAAUCAAAUCAAUUAAUAAAUUAUUCGAUUAAGUUGAACCAAUUCAUUAUUAUUUUAUUACUUAACAUGUUUUUUAUAGUUUACAAGAUUUAUGCAACUUUUUAGGUAAAAAUCUAUCAUUUUCUCAACGUAGUUAUCUUGCAAUACAGUCUUUCGUGUUACAGUUGCAAAUCAAUAUAUGUGUUUUUAGGUACAUAUUAUGACAUUCUGGUUGCCAACAUCUGCAACAAGUUUACAGGCUUCUUUUAAUACCGAUAUUUGUAAUCAUAAUAGCUAUUAUUAUUGGAUACUUACAUCGUAGCCUUGCCUAGUCUUGCAACUUGUUAACUUAAACAUGCUUCUAAGUUAUAAUUGAAAUAUUAUAUAAUUGGUACCAAGUGAAAGAGUGCGCGUUGCAUGGCACAAUACACCGAAUUGCUUAUAGUUUAACGCCUAUUAAAGUGAUCUGUACCCAUGACAUUAUGUUAAGUAAUAUUACGGUUAAGUGACAAUAUUAAAAAAUUGAAGUUAUUAAAAUUAAAUCAUAGUAUUUUUGAGAUACUAGCAAUUAAUCAUGUAUUUGUUAUAUAUCAAUACAUAUUUAAUUGCAAUCUUUUUACCAUUACAUAAAACCAAGAAUGGUUUACAAUAAAUUCAUUCAAAGCUUAUUUUUAUUUAUUACGUUGAGCCCCAGUGACAGUUUUGUUAAUUUAACAUUAUAACUUGCGCGUAACUAUAAUUAUUUGUGCUAGUUGUAAGUAGCAAUCAGUUUCGAUAAUUUUUGAUUAUUCUUAUCGAAUCAAAAAUUUACAACUUCAGUAGUAAAGAUGACUUUUAUUUUAUGACUUAUUAAAUUAACUCAUUUUGCACCGAAUAUAAAGUGUAUAAACAAUUUUCUUUAUUUUAUAAUUUUAAUGUUCGCACAGCUUUAUGGACGUUAAAAAAUGUAAUAAAAUAUUUAAAGCAAAUUAAGUUAUACAAGUGCCAGGUCAAUAUAAAGUGUUUGCAAUUUUUUUAUAUACUUAUUUAAGCAAUUAACACGCACCGACCUAUCAUACCACCUACGCUAAGAAUAUCUAUUGUUUUAAGGCCUAAGUAAUCUAAUAUUUAAGUAGAUACCUAUUUUCAUCACACAGUGAAACACUUGCUCAUUUAAUUUAUACCUAGUCGAAUCGGCAUAUUCUAUUAAGUGUAGAACUAAUUUCUUAUUUGAAAAAACGUUUGAAUGCUUAAAUGUAACGAAACAACUGUAUCUAUUCCCGUCAUGUCUGAAUGAAUAAAUUUUUCAUUUAAAAUA